AUGACAUAUGACAAGAACAUUGUAGAUUUCCUGGACAUAAGGAUCUUCAAACGAGGGGAUACACUACACACUACCCUCUACAGCAAACCAACCGACAAGAAUUCCAUCUUAUGUGCUUCCAGCUGUCAUUCGCCCAACCUGAAAAAGGCACUCCCAACAUCCCAAUUCAAGAGAGUAGCCAGGAACAAUCUUACUGAGGAACUCAGGGACCUGCAGAUGACAGAAAUGGAAAAUAAAUUUUGCCGAAGAAGAUACCACAAGAAAGCAUUAAAGGACAUCAGUGAAGUGGCCAUUGAAAUGACACAAAGAGAGCUUCUUUAUGGCCUUAAGAGCAAACAGAUGAAGGAAAAACUUACAUUUACCACCACCUAUACCAAAGGGAAGGAAGGGAUUGCAGGCACCCUAAAGAAAAAUUGGAACCUGCUAACUACUGACAGGGACCUACCCUUUAAGAAAAUGCAACCACCUAGAAUUGGCUAUUGCAGAGCAGCUUCACUCAAGGACUACCUCAUAGAAACAGACCCCAGAGAAUGUAACAGCAAAGACACCUGGCUUAAAACUAAGCCAGGGUGUUUUGGAUGUUUGGGGUGCACUACCUGUGGGGGUCUGACCACAGGUUGUGACUCAGCAUGGCUGAUGCUGGAGACUCUAGCGCGUAUAGAGCAGGCCGUGCUGAGGAACAGUCUGUUUCUGGGGAGGAUUUACGACACCAUGCAUGCCCAGCUACUGGUUGAGCAUUUGACUCUACGAUGUAUGAUGCGUAUUAACAAAUACCUGAGAAAGGCACAUUUUACGACAGCAUCACAUGAGGAUAUUUCCUUUACUGAUUAUGGAGAUGUACCAGGGCAUUAUGAUAUUAUAAACUGGAUCCAAUCAGACAUCCCAGGGAAACUAGAUCCUAAUAAAGUUGGAAGCUUUAACUCCUUAGCUCCUGUGGGAAAACAGCUUAACGUCAAUGACAGUGCAAUCGUUUGGAGCCCUAAAUCAAAAACAAUACCUAAAUCAGUUUGUAAUGAAAUCUGUGCCCAUGGAUACAGAAAGGUUCCUUGGAAGGAAUAUCCUGUCUGCUGCUAUGGUUGUGUGCCUUGUGCAGAGGGAGAGAUCUCCAACACAACGGAUGCAGAAACCUGUAUAAAAUGCCCUGAAGAUCGAUGGCCCAAUGAUAAGAGAACUCUGUGCAUCAGAAAGACAGUGGAAUUCCUUUCAUUUGAGGACACAUUAGGGAUUUUCCUCACUUCAGUCUCCAUCUUCUCCUCUAUUGUCACCAUCACUGUACUUGGGAUUUUUAUUAGGCAUCACACAACUCCUGUAGUAAAAGCCAACAACCAGAACCUCAGCUACACCCUCCUCCUCUCCCUCAUGUUGUCCUUCCUCUGCUCCUUACUGUUCAUUGGACGUCCUGUGCAGGUGUCCUGCCUACUCAGACAAGCUGCCUUUGGAAUCAUUUUUACUGUUUCUGUCUCUUCUGUUCUGGCAAAAUCAGUCACUGUUGCAAUUGCCUUCAAUGCCACCAAACCUGACAGCAAGAUAAAGAAGUGGGUGGGAUCCCGAGUGUCCAUCCAUCUGGUCCUUGUCUGCUCUCUAGGUCAGACUAUGAUCUGCACGCUGUGGUUGGCUCUCUACCCACCAUAUCCAGACUAUGACACUCACUCUUACAUUGAGAAAAUUAUAUUAGAAUGUAACGAGGGCUCUGUCACUGCAUUCUACCUUGUGAUAGGUUACAUAGGAUUCCUUUCUAUAGUCAGUUUCAUUGUGGCUUUCCUGGUUAGGAAGUUACCUGCCAGUUUCAAUGAAGCCCAGAUGAUCACGUUCAGCAUGCUGGUGUUCUGCAGUGUUUGGAUCUCUUUCAUCCCAGCGUACCUGAGCACCAAGGGCAAAUUCAUAGUAGCUGUAGAAAUAUUUGCUAUCCUGGCUUCUAGUGCAGGACUGCUGGGCUGUAUAUUCAUUCCAAAGUGCUACAUUAUAUUAUUUAAAUCUGAGUUUAACACCAGGGUACAUAUGCUAAGUACACAUUAA